GUGACAGGCAAGCCAAGUGCAUCGUAGACGAAAGUCGGAAGCAUUGCCACGCCUGCGCGAGCCACUCGUGCCCGUCGGGCCCCCUUGGCCAUGGAAGUCACGGGCGAAGAGGAGGAGCUGGUGCAACAGGUGAAGAAGUGGUUCACUUGCACAGAGAUGGAGGCGCUGGUGCAGACGGCCGUGCAGUUCGCUGAUGCGAAUUGCGCCGUCUUUGAGCCUGAAUUGGGCGAGCACAAGCUGGUGUAUACGCAGCUGCACAACGAAUUCAAGCAGCUUUUUGAGGACAGACUGAACUCCUUUUUGGCAAGCAUCGGUGCAACGCCUGAGGCGUUCUAUGCUGCCAUGGAGAAGUCCGCGAAUGAAGGAGAGGUGCAAACCAUGGCAGAGCUCAUGUACACCUGCCUGCAGUACGAGUUCUUCUGUCAGAUCAUGUGCGAGCGGAAGCGGGAGCUGGAAGCGAGACAGGCCGCAGGGCUGCCGCCGCCUCCGCCGGCGAUGGGCGGCUACGGAGGUCCCAAAGAGGGCUACUCAGGGCCUGCAUGAGGCAAAAAUGUACUGCAGUGGGCGGCUUGUGGUGCUUGGCUUUGUGGAUGUUGGGCUGUGUGCGGCACUUCCGGACUGACACUGACCGAGCAAACGUGUUCUACCAAGUGGGCAAACGGGUC